CGCACUCGGCGCGGGGGGGCGCCCUUCCCAGCUCGCGCCGCUCAGCUCCCGCGCGCCGGGGUUCCGCCCCCACCUCCGCCCGCACUCAGAGAGCCGCCGGCCUCGCCACCGGACAGGCCAGUCCGCGGGGCGACGCGAGCGUCCUCCUUCUGUCCCUGGGCAGCGAGGGCUCUGCCGGCCCGCACGGAGUGCGCCGCGGCCGGAGGGAGAGCGCACGGAGCGCGAGCCGCUCAGAGGCUGGGCAGUCCGCCCGAGCCGUGCGGAACCUUCGGACAAUGGGGCCGCGGCGGCUGCUGCUGGUGGCCGCCGGACUCAGUCUGUGCGGCCCCCUGCUGUCGGCCCGCACUCGAGGCCGCAAGCCCGAGUCAAAAGCAACCAAUGCUACUGUGGAUCCCCGGUCAUUUUUUCUCAAGAAGACUGAAAUAUUUGAACCAUUCCCACUGCAUGAUGAUGAGGAGAAAAACAGGAGCAGGUUCCCUGAAGACAGACUAAGCCCCAUCAAUAUAAGUCAUCCUCUUCAAAAACUGCACCCUGUGUUUAUCUCAGAAGAUGCCUCAGGGUAUCUUACCAGCACCUGGAUGACACUUUUUAUCCCCUCUGUCUACACUGGCGUGUUUGUCAUAAGCCUUCCUCUGAAUAUCAUGGCCAUUGUUGUGUUUAUCUUGAAGAUGAAGGUCAAGAAGCCCGCUGUGGUGUACAUGCUGCAUCUGGCCACGGCGGACGUGCUCUUCGUGUCAGUGCUCCCAUUCAAGAUCAGCUAUUACUUUUCCGGCAGCGAUUGGAGAUUUGGUUCCGAAAUGUGUCGCUUUGUCACCGCAGCCUUUUACUGUAACAUGUACGCCUCCAUCAUGCUCAUGACAGUCAUAAGCAUUGACCGGUUUUUGGCCGUGGUGUACCCCAUCCAGUCCCUCUCCUGGCGUACCCUGGGGAGGGCUGCCUUCACUUGUCUGGCCAUCUGGGCUCUGGCCAUUGCGGGGGUGGUGCCUCUCCUUCUCAAGGAACAAACCGCCCAGGUGCCGGGGCUCAAUGUCACCACCUGCCAUGACGUGCUCAGUGUAACCCUCCUCAAAGGCUACUAUGCCUAUUACUUCUUAGCCUUCUCUGCUGUCUUCUUCUUUGUGCCCCUGAUCGUUUCCACCAUCUGUUACGUGUCUAUCAUUCGAUGCCUUAGCUCCUCUGCGGUCGCCAACCGGAGCAAGAAGUCCCGGGCUUUGUUCCUUUCGCUUGCUGUUUUCUGCAUCUUCCUCCUCUGCUUUGGACCCACAAACGUCCUCCUGAUUCUGCAUUACUCCUUCGUUUCUCAGGAGUCUACCACAGAGGCUGCCUACUUUGCCUACCUCCUCUGUGUCUGUGUCAGCAGCAUCAGCUGUUGCAUUGAUCCCUUGAUUUACUAUUAUGCCUCUUCCGAGUGCCAGAGGUACCUCUGCAGCAUCUUAUGCUGCAGAGAAAGUUCUGAUCCCAGCAGCUACAACAGCAGCGGUCAGCUGAUGGCCAGCAAAAUGGAUACCUGCUCAAGUCACCUGAAUAACAGCAUAUACAAAAAGCUCUUAACUUAGGGAAAGGGGCUGCUGAUGAGUUAAAAAGAAGAGCUUAAAAAAGCGAAUAGCCUGAGGGUUCUAUUAGUCCCCACCAAAAAAGUAUUUAC